AUGAAUCAGUCUGACAUUCAUCUUCUUGAUUUGCCCAAUGAAAUAUUAAUUAUCAUCUUGAAGAAACUGAAUAAUAUUGAUGUUCUUUAUUCAUUAUUUGAAAUAAAUAAUGAACGACUUGAUAUUUUAGUACAAGAUAGUGUAUUUACUAAAAUUCUCAAUUUUGUAAGAACAUCAUCGAUUACUAAUGAUAAACUUAAUCGAUUUUGUACUACUAUAUUACCUCAAAUUCAUCAUAGUAUCAAAAAACUUAUUCUCGAAACAACAUCUAUAGAACGUAUUCUUCUUGCUGGUGAUUUUCCAUAUUUGACUUCUUUAGAACUUGUUAAUUUCGGAAAAGAUACAGUUUUUCGUUAUUUAAAAGAUGAUUCAUUCUAUCAACAUAUUUUCAAACAUCAGAUAACAGAUCUUAUUCUUCAUAAUAAUGAUGAAUGUACUUAUGAAAUAUCGUUGAAAACUUAUGCUAGAAAUUUCUAUGCACCUAUAAUGGCUUUCUUCGAAAAUUUAAAACAUUUGACAAUUGUUUCAUCAUCUGUGUAUGAAUAUCCUUUUUUGUUACUUCAUAAUUUUCCACCAACAAUCUAUUUCUCUACGACUCUAACUGUCUUAAAUAUUAAUGUGUUUGUUUUUGAUGAUUGUCUCUGUUUACUUGAUGGUCGUCUCAAUCAACUAACCACGUUCAAUGUUCAAAUCCAUUUUAUCACAUCUCCAAUAUAUAUGCGUUAUAAUAUGGUAAGUUGA